GCCGGCGCUAUACAUGUACAAUCUUUGCUUUAUAAAAUCUAUAUAUAGGCAACGUUAUUCGUUUCCAUAGAAAUUGUAUAGGCCUGCAAUCAUUGAUGACAAAACGGAUUUGAGGUACCUCAUAGACCUAGAGAGGUCUAUGGGCGGAUAGAGGGGGAUUAGGAACUGCCGAUAUCAACAAAGAGUAGAUCAGCACAAGUGAUCCAAGCCACGCGAACUGAAACUUAAGUUGUUAACCACCGUCGCCAGUUUUGAUUUCCCCAGGCGCGGGAGGCUUUUCGGCGUUCGACUCCGCGCAAGGGGUAUAACUAGAAGAGGAUGAUGGCAUCGGAUUCAGAGAGCAGUACAUCUUUGCCUUCUGCUAUCACUUUUGAUGUGAUGCUUAAUGACUCUGCCAGCACCAAAACUCGGCAAGCUAAGUGUCCUGAAAGAUUCCAGAAAGGCCAGACAAAUACAGUGGUAGACACUGACAUGACUGAGGAGAGAGCACGGAAAAUGAAAGAAAAGCAGCUUAAAGCUCAAAGACGUAGAGAGGAGCAAGAAGCAGCAAGGCGUCUCCGGAUUAACCAGCGACAAGAACAGUGUCGUCUCAUGGCCUCUAAGAUGGAGAAGUUGCUAGCCCAGGAUGCCAAGAGGCAGGGGUUAGCUGGUACUGAGAACAUUCGGCCAAUGACUCGUAGGGAAGCUGGAGCAAUGAUUCAAAGUGUUCACAGAGACUUCCAACAGCUAGGAGCAGAACUCAGCAAAGAUAUGGGAACAUAAAACCAAGAACGGAUGUGAAGUCUUGAAUUUCCACGUCUCGUAGUUUUAACUGCAGAAGUCUUCCUGCUGUGUUGGGACCAAGCAGAACCAUUCAAUACCAAAGUUUACAAAGAACGUUUGCCUGGUUCCAAAAUUAAGGAAGAGAUUUUAAAAAAGAAUUUUGUGGGAUGUGAGCAUAGCCCUCAAUAACUCAUGUUGCCAAAGUUGUUGGUUUCCUUUGCCGUUUCUUUUUUAUAUUAUAGUUGAACCUCGUUAAUAAGAGCACUGUUGAUACAAGAUUUUGCUAAUAACAAGGAAAUUGUUAGGUCCCAAUCCUUUGUUUUUCAUUGAUUUUAUUCCUGAUAAUACAAGGUUCCUGUUACAACAAUUUGCCAAGUCUGAAGGACCUCUUAUUAGCGAGGUUCGACUGCAUCUCAAUUUUAAAGUUUUCUUUCUAUUGCAUAUGUGCUGUAGUGUGUUUUCCAAGUCAUUUAUUUAUCAUUUAAAGUCGUCAGAAUGUAGGAUGAAAUUCUCACUCAGUAAACUUGUUGCCUUCAACGUAAACAGUCAGAGUUGAAGAUCCACGGCUGUGGAUGAAACUUUAUUUCUUCGAAAGAAAAGCCACUACUUUGGACUACUAAAUAUUGCAGUUUGUUCGAACUUUCUAACAUGUACAUGAACACAGAAAGAUUCACAAUGCUUUUGGAAAUAUUUAAUUCAAAAGGACUUCUGAAACAUUGCUAAAUACAUGUACAUAUGUGUACUGUAUACUGAAUGUUGAACACAGAGAUGCGAUUUAGCAAAAUAAACGGAAAUUGUUCGAUGUCAUUUCAGCGA